GCGGAACAACUGACCAGACGUCCACUCAGGGGACUGAGACGUGUUGGAGCGAUGUUCCGUUGAGCUUCGAAAUGGUUCACAUGAUGCUUCUUGGAGAGAGCAGACAGCAAGCCAAUCAGUUGCUUACCAGACUUACCCACAGUAAAUUAAGGAGGUAGGGCAAGACGGGAAGAUGGAGAGCAGUACUAGCAACAACGACCGGUGGAUCCGGCCAGCCAUGCCCCUUGAAGAAUGGUUUGAGAUGGGCCACACGCAUGGAACCUUCUUAGCUUGCUAUGUUUUAACACUUGGUUCUCCUCUGCCCCUCGACCACAACCACGUCAAGCAAGCACUACUUCACUUGUACAGGUUGUGACAGAUUGUGAUCUAGACAGUGUGAUAGCCAGUUUGAAAACGUAUCGAUACAAAUCUUCAGAUGGCCCUUUAUGGUGCGCUAGGCUCCUCCCUGCUGCUGCUGCUACUCUCGAAAGACGGUCUGAGACUCUGCCUACUGCUGAUGAUCCUGCCACUAGCAUACCUACUGUGUCCACUGCCUGCUCUGAUGCUUUACCCCCAUACUACAAUGCUUGCUGCUACUGAACUGGAGCCCAGUGGAGCUGCUGCUACUGGUGCUAUUCCGCGCACGACCCUUCGCAGAGGCUUGUCAUCCCCACCCUCCAUAGCGGAGCUCUCCUCAGUUUUUAGUAGGUCUAACCUUUCCUUUACCCGUUCUUCUGCCGCACCCGCUGCAGAAUCUCCACCUUUAAAAGCUCUCUCUCCUCCCUCCCCAGACUUCACAAAUUGCCACGAGUCUUCUCAACCUCCUUCCUCUUCGGCAUCUCUGAAAUCUUCCCCCAAAUCUUCAGUGUCUUCCUUACCUUCUUUUCCAUCAUCAGUGUCUUUGCCAGGCAUUUCCUCUGUUUCAUCAACACCCUCUUUGUCUCCAUUACCUUCUACCUUCUCUUUGCUAACAGAUUUUAGCUUGCCCAGGACGGACACCGCCAGUACCUCCUGUAGAUCCUUGUUACCAGGCCAUUCAUCAAAGUCUUUACCCGAAGGCAGUUUGGAGGCAUCCUCGCAAAUUGGCACUCGUGCUAGAUCUGAGUUAACGUCAGUUUCUGACAAACGUCCUAAGUCGGCACCAAUGUGUUUACUACAUAAUGCUCAGUCUACUAGCUCCCCACCUGGUGUGCUUUCUACUAGCUCUUCACAGCGUGACAGUAACGUUCAGACAUCUACACAGGAUCCCUCUACCCUUCCUCUUGCUGAGCAAGAAUGGUCGCCGUGGCCUUUUACAAGCCAACUGGCUCUUGGUAUACACAAUGGUACAGCUGAUGGCUUCACUGCCCUAAAGAUCUGCGGGUUUUUCCUGCAGUUGCUGAAUGAUGUCAUAGCUGGCACACCCAUUAAUGAUGAACAACUUGCAGAGUUUGUCGCCGGUGAAACUUCUACACUAAUAGCAGAGAAGAAAGUUGCUAUAGAAAGUAACCCCUCGCUGAAACUUUCUUUAACAAAAGAGUACGUGAGGAAGCAGAAGAAAUCCGAAUUGGAACUGCUUUUCGAAGUUUCCGAAGGGCCAGAGGACCAGGCACUUCACCUGACUAGCGUCCUGGACCAACCCACUACAAAGUUACUAAGAGAGAGGUGUUGUACUGAGGGUGUGACUCUUCAUUCUGCUUUCUGUGCUCUGGCUACUGUGGCUUUCGUUGACCUACUGGUGGCUAAGGAUAUAAUUUGCGAAAAGUAUGUGUCCAGCAAGCACAUUAUAAACAUGAGACAUUAUUGGAGGGGUGAUUCAUCUCUUGCUUUUGGCUGUCACAUAGCGCACCUCAAUCUGCGUACAAAGAUCCAGAGAGAAACAAUGGAAGAUUUUUGGAGCUUUGCACGCUCUUUUCAUGAAAAACUUCAGGAAGAAAUGGAUGGUACUAAUAUCUUGCAGGAGGCGGCGCUGAAUGAGAUAUGUCGCUCCAAUGUGCAGGACAGCAGAGAUAUAUUUCUGAAACCAUCGACUCGUCAGACUGAUUAUUAUGCUUCUAACAUGGGUGAUGUGACUAGUUUGCUACAAGGAGGACCUCAUGUACGCCUAGAGUUCAUAUUGUCCACUGUAUCGGUUAGUAAGUUUAAUAUAUCCUGUGCUCACCUCUUCCAUACAUACAGAAGCAGAUUCGUCCACACGCUUGACUACUCUACAAAAUACAUGACAAGGGAUCUAGCAGGGAAGUAUUGCAACAAAAUAUUCGAACUGUUACAGAAAGUCUUGUAAUUCAAAUGAGUGAAAUUCCCUUAAAUUUAAGAAAGCUAGAUCUCUUGCCUAUUAUCAUACGUUUAUUAAAAUCUUCCACAAAGAAAUUUGGCUUGAGCCUCUUUCUGACCUGAUAAACUAAACUGGUAUAUAUAUAGCUUAUUUUAAUGGUAUGCACUGAUCUUAUUUAAACUAAUUUUUUAGAUAAUUUAUACUAGCUUCGUUAGUUUUAUAACUUUUCAAGAGGGUAAUUUGAGUAAUGGCAAGUAAUUCCAAAGCAUUGGCUUUUCUUGAUAAUUUUUUUUAUCUUUAUUUGAUUCGGUGUAUUUGAAUAAAACUUUCUAAAAUUA